AUGCCCUUCCCAAACAUUCCAGUUGAUCUGUUUGAGUGCAUACUGGACCAUCUUACGCCGUCGGACUUGGUUGCUCUUACUCAAGUCUCAAAGCUGUUCAAUGCCUUUAUAGUCCCACGGCUAUACUUUCACACAGUACUUAAGAUCGAUUCACUUGAUCACAAGUCAGUUAAGGAAGACCAACCCAAUUAUGAGGUUUGGCUGGAAGCUCUUAGAGGACUCGUGUCAAACUCACAAAAGCAAUGUGAGAGUGUGCAUAAGCUCACUAUCUGCGGAGAGUACGCUUUCGGAGAAAAUAAGUCAAAGCAUGGGAUCGAUCGAACCAUAGUUUCCUCUAGGUCACAAAACAUUCAAGGAGCUGUAUCCUCUCUCGUUAACUUCCUGCUGGAGAUGGCGCUCCCAAAGAUGACCCAGUUGAUCGACAUAGAGUGGUUGUCAGGAUUUCGGCCCUCGAACAGAAUCUUCGAGGAACUGUCGCUAUGUCCGCUAAGAUCUCUUUCCUUUAACGCCGGGUUGAUGGUUAACUAUCAUGUCCAAGAAAACAUGUUUCGCUAUGCAAGCUUGAACCUUCAAAGGCUUGAUUGGGAUGGAAUCGAGUCUCUGCGCCUUUUCAACCUCAAUGACCUCGAAAGCAUUGGAUUCAUAGCUCGACUAAUUCGACAUGCAGGAGGCCAACUCAAAGACCUUCAGUUUCAUUUCUCACUACCUUUCCCCAGGGACAAAGAACAGGAUAUUCCUCCACUUGAUGCCACUGCGUGGCUUCUUGGUGAACUUGGCCAGGCUCCCCAGCCAAGGCAGCUCCAAGCACUAGGCAUAUAUGAAUCCGGAAAGGUCGACCUUACAUUCUUGUUUCAUAUCUUUGAUGUUUCAGUCCUUGAACACUUCACUUUUAUGCCUCACUGGGGUGAUUUUUCAGAAACUUCCGGAGUGUGGAGUGAACUGCACAAACGUGGGGUUAAAUUGAAGUCUGUUAUGGCUGACCACCAGGGGGAGGGAAUGGAAGCUUACUUUUCAUCCUUUGAAGGACUGAGGGAGCUGUUCCUGCAAUAUGUCGAAACAAACCUGGCUGUUUCCCCCUUAUGUGCCCGACACUGGAGCACUUUAAGGACAAUCUUUCUGCCCCAUAAUCAGCAUGCCAUGGAAGACCUUGGGGCUAUCAUCCAGAACUGCACUGGUCUUAAAGAGCUUGGUAUGAUGCUUUACACGUCAAGCAUACACACCAUCUACAAACUCUUCGAACAAAGCCGCUUGCAGUCGGUAUUCUUCUACAUAAGCUCCCCAGAUCCAAACCCAAACCGACCCGUCCACAAUGCUGAGAUAAUGUCCCCAAAAAACUUCAUCAAACGCUUUGUAGAGUACUUUGCAGGCAGCCCACGUCGACAGCGCCCACAAAACUUUUCCACCUUCUACCAUGGCCUCAAAAGGAUCUCGUAUCAUGACUCCUUGUGGGUAAUGACGCCGACCAGUGAAGUGUUCAUCGAAGGGUCCACUUAUGAUUACAUAGCUCGGGGUAAUCACCCGAAGAGAGUCAAGAUUCACGACACAGGCAUGAUAGCCACAGUUAGAGAGGUGAACCAGUUUGUGCUUAAUGAGUUUAGGGAGAAAGGUGUGCGCCUGCUGCCGGUCCGUGUUCAAUGGAGCAAGUACAGGGGUGAUAAGACCGUCGAGAGGCUUAUCGACUAUCUCAUAACAAAGCACCCGGAACGGACUGCGCAUCCUUAUGCGCAGGCAAAUCGCUUCGUGGAGCCGCGGUUAAGAUAUUAA